AUGCGCCCGACGGCCACCGUCCGGACAGCGUCCCGUGUGCUGCCGUUUGGCGUGCCACAGCUGCACGUCGGCACCGACAUUUGCCAUGUCGCCCGUGUCUAUGCUAUUCUGAAGAAGGCCCGGCCCGCGUCGCCUUUGUCAUCGUCGUCGCCGUCGCCACCGCCAACACAGACGACAGCAUCUCGCUUCAUCCGGCGUGUGUUAACACCAAGCGAAGUGGCUGCCCUAGGGUCACCACAUACGCUGCCAUCAACAUCACCGUCACCGUCGCAGUCGUCGACUACGAUGUCCGCGCACACCGCAGUGGCCUUGCUGGCGAGGGGUGCUUCCGUUUCAGACCUUGCUGCUGGGACCUCUGAGACCUCCGAGACCUCCGUCGAGACCUCGCCGCUGUGGCGGGCGGCGCAGUACUUGGCCAGCCGGUUUGCGGCCAAAGAGGCUGCCAUCAAGGCGCACCCACACCUGCCGGGGCUGACGCUGCAGGACGUGCGGAUUGCACGACGGCCAGCGUCACAGCAAACGGGCGGCAUCAGCAAAACAGGCGACGCGAUCGCAACCGGCGACGAUGUCGUGCGGCGGCGGAAUGCCAGCAGUGGGCCGCCGCUGGCGUAUGUCCGUGUCUACUCUCUGGAAAGGGACGACGGCAUCGUCGAGCAAGAGGCCCGCAUCAGCAUCAGCCACGAUGGCGAGUAUGCCACGGCCGUUUGUUUGGGUGUCGAGCAUCCAUUAUGA